AUGGCCCAGGUAGCAGUGUCCACUCUGCCCGUUGAAGAAGAGCCCUCCUCAGAGAGCAGGAUGGUGGUGACAUUCCUCGUGUCUGCCCUCGAGUCCAUGAUACUGACCAAUGCUCAUCAUGCAUUUGCAGGCGUUGCAGAGGGGCUGCGUGAAAUGAAACCUCCCUGCCCCGUGAAUGGGAUGCAGGUCCACUCAGGAGAAACGGAAAUACUCAGGAAGGCAGUGGAGGACUAUUUCUGCCUUUGUUAUGGUAAAGCCUUAGGGACGACGGUCAUGGUGCCUGUUCCCUAUGAGAAGAUGCUUCAAGACCAGUCGGCUGUGGCGGUGCAGGGACUCCCAGAAGGCGUUGCCUUUCAACACCCUGAGAAUUAUGACCUGGCCACCCUGAAAUGGAUUUUGGAGAACAAAGCAGGGAUUUCAUUCGUCAUAAACAGACCCUUCCUAGGACCAGAGAGUCAGCUGGGUGGCCAUGAGAUGGUAACAGACGCUGAGAGAUCCAUAGUAUCACCAAGUGAAAGCUGUGGCCCCAUCAGUGUGAAAACUGAACCUAUGGAAGAUUCUGGCAUUUCCCUGAAAGCAGAAGCUGCCUCGGUCAAGAAAGAAUCAGAAGAUCCUAAUUACUAUCAAUAUAACAUGCAAGGAGGCCACCCUUCUUCCACAAGCAAUGAAGUAAUAGAAAUGGAAUUACCAAUGGAAGAUUCCACUCCGCUGGUUCCUUCAGAAGAGCCAAAUGAGGACCCUGAAGCCGAGGUAAAAAUUGAAGGAAACACAAAUUCAUCCAGUGUUAGAAAUUCUGCAGCAGGUGUUGAAGAUCUUAACAUCGUUCAGGUGACUGUUCCAGAUAAUGAGAAAGAAAGAUUAUCAAGCAUUGAAAAGAUUAAACAGCUAAGAGAACAAGUUAAUAACCUCUUUAGCCGAAAGUUUGGUGAAGCAAUUGGCGUGGAUUUCCCUGUGAAAGUUCCCUACAGGAAGAUCACAUUCAACCCUGGCUGUGUGGUUAUUGACGGCAUGCCCCCAGGGGUGGUGUUCAAGGCCCCUGGUUACCUGGAAAUCAGUUCCAUGAGGCGGAUCUUGGAUGCAGCUGAGUUUAUCAAAUUCACAGUCAUCAGGGGAAACGAGAUCUUUCUGCGUGUUGAGAAGAGUCUGAAAAAAUUCAGUAUUGACUGGUCGAAGUUAGUCAGCGUGGCCUCCACUGGCACUCCCGCAAUGGUGGAUCCCAAUAACGGGCUUGUCACAAAACUGAAGUCCAGGGUGGCGACGUUCUGCAAGGGUGCGGAACUGAAGUCCAUCUGUUGCAUCAUUCAUCCGGAAUCACUCUGCGCUCAGAAGUUGAAGAUGAACCACGUCAUGGACGUGGUAGUGAACUCUGUGAACUGGAUAUGCUCCCGGGGACUGAACCACAGUGAGUUCACGACGCUGCUCUAUGAGCUGGACAGCCAAUAUGGCAGCCUCCUGUACUACACGGAGAUUAAGUGGCUCAGUCGAGGGCUGGUGCUAAAGAGAUUUUUCGAAUCGUUGGAAGAAAUUGACUCUUUCAUGUCAUCCCGAGGGAAGCCCCUGCCUCAGCUGAGCUCCAUAGACUGGAUCCGAGACUUGGCCUUCCUGGUUGACAUGACGAUGCAUCUGAACACUUUGAACAUCUCCCUCCAAGGGCACUCCCAAAUCGUCACGCAGAUGUACGACUUGAUCCGGGCGUUCCUAGCCAAACUGUGCCUCUGGGAGACUCAUUUGGCAAUGAAUAAUCUGGCCCACUUCCCCACCCUGAAAUCGGUUUCCAGAAAUGAAAGCGAUGGCCUGAACUACAUUCCCAAAAUCGCGGAACUCAAGGCCGAAUUCCUGAACAGGCUGUCUGAUUUCAAACUCUACGAAAGCGAACUGACUCUGUUCAGCUCCCCGUUCUCCACGAAGAUCGACAGCGUGCACGAGGAGCUGCAGAUGGAGGUUAUCGACCUGCAGUGCAACACGGUCCUGAAGACGAAAUACGACAAGGUGGGAAUACCGGAAUUCUACAAGUACCUCUGGGGCAGCUACCCCAAAUACAAGCACCACUGCGCAAAGAUCCUCUCCAUGUUCGGGAGCACCUACGUCUGCGAACAGCUGUUCUCCAUUAUGAAACUGAGCAAAACAAAAUACUGCUCCCAGCUAAAGGAUGCCCGGUGGGAUUCUGUACUCCACAUCGCAACGUGAUGGAGAGAAAACCCCUGGCAGUGCCCUACGGUGGCAAAGCCUGGAGUCUUCUAGGCGCAAGGGAUUGGGAGAUGACAGCAUCAAUUCUUUUUGUUUGUUUUUCUUUUUUGAGACAGAGUCUUGCUUUGUCACCCAGGCUGGAGUGCAGGGGCGCGAUCUCAGCUCACUGCAACCUCCAGCUCCCGGGUUUGAGCGAUUCUCCUGCCUCAGCCUCCUGAGUAGCUGGGACUACAGGUGUGUGCCACCAUGCCCGGGUAAGUUUUGUAUUUUUAGUAGAGAUGGGGUUUCACCAUGUUGGCCAGGCUGGUCUUGAACUCCUGACCUCAGGUGAUCCACCCACCUCGACCUCCCAAAGUGCUGGGAUUACAGGCGUGAGCCUCCGCGCCCGGCCUAAAAUGAAUUCUUAAACAUUUGUUUUUUUCAGUUUUUUUCCACUUUGAUUCAGAAAUAUAAUCUGCAAUAUCGUACUUGUUUAUAUGACAUUGUAUGCCUCACUAUUCAGUAAAAAUCAAGAAAGUUUUAUUGUAUCA